AUGGGGCUCUGGGCUGUUGGUUUGAUUGCUGCAGGGUUUGAAGAUCCUAUUACCGUCCAUAUCAGCAAGACUGCAUCCUUGUAUAACUAUUCUUGGGUACAAGGUAAAUGCUCAGUUGGGUUGCAUGAACUGCAGACUCACAGCUGGGACAGCAGCUCUGAUACUAUCAUUUUCCUGUAUCCCUGGUCCAAGGGCAAAUUCAGCAACAAGGAGUUGAGUGAACUGGAAACAUAUUUCCGAAACUACUUCACUAGUGUCUCUCAGGCAGUUCACACUGGUCUAUUACAAUUGGAUUUGAAGCCUGAGGCCUGGGUGUCCAGUGGCCCCAGCCCUGGGCCUGGCCAUCUGCUGCUGGUGCGCCACGUGUCUGGAUUCUACCCAAAGCCCGUGUGGGUGAUGUGGAUUCGAGGUGAGCAGGAGCAGCUGGGCACUCAGAGAGGUGACAUCCUGCCCAAUGGUGAUGGGACGUGGCAUGUCAGAGCAACCCUGGAUGUGGCAGCUGAGGAGGCGGCUGGCCUGGCCUGCAGGGUGAAGCACAGCAGCCUAGGAGGGCAGGACCUCGUCCUCCACUGGGGUGGUAAGAGUGGGACCCAGGCUGGAGAUGGGAGGUUGUGA